GUCGCGAGAGACAUUGUCGUCCGGCUGCUGCUGCCACCGGAGCUGCUGCAGCGUGAGCUCGAUUGAUGCCUCGAGCGCCCCGAUGGCGCUCUCUGCAUCCCCGAGCGCUUCCUGUGUCUCCGGUGAGGGUCGGGUGAUUCCCAAUCUGCUGCGUUUCGGUGCGAGAUCACGCAUUUCCGCCCACUUCAGCUCCGUGUGCACGGGCACUGCUCUGAGGGUCGCCAGUCUGAGACAUGCUCAGUUCCCGUGCCACCAUUCGUGGCCUGCUCUCGGCGGGACAAGGUCCCGAAAGGCAGCUGGAGUCAAGGACAAAGGGUUGAAACGGGUGCUGUGUAGUCUGGAAGGAACUCCAGGCGAUUUAGAGCCAAGCACUAGUAGUGGCAGCAGCAGUGGACCGGGUCCAUAUGUGAAAUGGAUAUUAGUGGCUGCUGUUGUGGUCGCUGCAGGCGUGGCUCUUUACAUGAAGAUGGACAGCGGAGCUCUUACUAGCGUCGUAUCCGAUCCAGGGCCAGUGGUGCAAGCUUCUCCAGAUGCUGCUGCGAGUUUCAACAUCAAACUACCGGGAUUCAGUCUCUCUCUUGGAGAGAGAACUCCAGGGUGGAUCUACUUUGUACUUCUCAUGGCGGCAGGAUUCGGGCUUUUUGUGAGCGAAGAGGCCUUGAAUGUCUGGAUUGGAGCCUCACUCGCGCGCUGCUUAACAUAUACCUCUCGAGAAGCUUUUUUAAGUUCAUUAUCAGCCAAUGCUCCUCACAUAAUCUCAACUUUGGUGUGGGUGUACUGGGGAGUUUGCAUCAGUGACCUGGUUCCUUUCUAUGCUGGAAAACUUGCUGCCAACACGGGCGAUCAAGUUCGUGAAAAGCUUGGUGUGAGCAAAGAGAAGUAUGACAAAGUCAGGGCGAACGUACAACGCUACGGGAAUCUGAUUGGCUUCGUGGAGCGGUUCUCUGUGGGUAUACGCAAUCCAACGGCUUUUUUAGCCGGUGUUGCUGGGAUAUCGCCCAUAAAAUUUUUUGUGGGAGUCUGCUUUGGAGGUCUCAUAACGUUUCCCAUCCAGUUGAGCAUUGGAUUUGCGCUCCGUGAAAAUCCUGUUGCCGCCUUGGCGGGAGUUGCAGCCAUAGUGGGUGCAUGGACAGUCUUUCCAUAUGCAGCAGCUGGGAUUGUUUCCUUGUAUUAUUUCUUAACGAGAAGCACCAAGAAGUCUGCAUAGAGUUUAGAGCAUGUUACCUUAAUUUCAAAAGUUAGACUGUGCCCGGUUGUAAUUUUAUCUUCAUGGUCACCAUUCGCUGUGAUCUUAUUCUGAAUGACGGUCUUACAGAAGCUCAUCAUUAUUAUCAUUCAAAUGUUUCUUUUUUAGGAUCUUCACUUUCUUAGGACUAGGCUAUGGUCGAGGGCAAGUAGUAAGAUUCUGGCCUCAAAUAUACAUCUGGAGGCAGCUUUGCCAACUCGGGUGUUUAUGUACCUGAAUGUUUGCUUAUAAUAACCUUUUCACCGAAGUGAGCCUCUUCAAACCU